UUCAAUACAUAAAUUUUCCUUGAGCAAAAAUGGGUUCCAAGACACUUCUUUUGUUUUUCAUCUCCUUGGCUAUAGUACUAGCAAUUACCUCACAGGUUGCUGCUAGGGAAUUGGCUGAGGCUUCCACGUCGGUUGACAAUUCCGAGACACUUGACUAUCCUACUGCCUAUGGAGGAGGAGGAGGAGGAGGGGACCCUGAAGGAGGAGGACUGGACCCUGGAGGAGGUUGGCGUCGUGAUGGUGGCUACGGAGGAGGUGGUGGCAGCCGCUAUGGGGGAUAUCCUGGUCAGGCUGUGGAUGCUGAGCCUUAGAACUAAUAAAGCCAGCUUCAACCUAGGUCAUGAAUGCUUAAACAGGCUUACUAUAAUAAGAUGCAUACUUUGUAGUGUGAAAUACAAAUAAGAGCCGGAUUAGUCAUCAUGUAAUGUGAUUACUACAAAUAUUUGCUAGCUAGCUAGUUCACUAUUCCAAGUAUGCGAUUUUUUUUUUUUUUUUGGAUGUGAUGGCCAAAAAAUGAGUAAUGUUAUUAUUUCAAAUUCACAACA